AUGGCAAAAUUUAGAAAUAUGACGCCUCUAGAGAUAUUUUGCGCAAUAUGUCUGUACUGCCUUAGGGGUAUUGAUGCCUCGGUUUGUGACUUCGGGGGGCCAGAUCAGCUACUUGGUCAGAAUGAUCUAGCUAUAUGCCACAAGUAUGCGGAUUUCUUGAAGUUUGAAACUGUGAUAUGUCCACGCCAUGUCGACGGUACCGAGUAUGCGUGGCAUCCUCAGUCGACGUCGGCGGAUCAUUACUCUCUUUUCAAAGCAUAUAUUGGUGCAAACUACAGGUGUUCCUCCAGAUUCACUUUCGACAACAGCAAGCUCAAUAAGGAGCCCAACUUACUGCCGGUAGAGAUGACGCUCUCUCUUAUAAUGCGUAUUCCCACGUUAACAUAA